UGAGUUUCCUAUGUUCUCCGUGAGCAUUGUGCGGAGCGUGAAGCCGCCUCAGUCCACAGUAGGCGACGCCCAGUCACCGUGACAAAACAAAAGAGGGGUAUGCGGUUUCACUUCAUCGCUCGCCCGGAAGUGCCGCUUGAAUUCCAUUGCUUCAUUUGUUUGCGUUUUGGCGUGCAAAAAUAAGAACCAGGCGUGCGCAAAACAACGUUCUCAGACUUGAUAUUCUAGUUAUUCCAGGUGAUUUAAGUUAACUGUGAAGUUCUUUUGAUUCUGUGUUUGAAGAGGAUCUUUCAUGUGGUACAAUUUUUAACCACGCGACAACAAAAUAAGUAAUCUAUCAAUAGAGUCAUUUCACGUCGCUGAAGCCGAAGUUUAGUGCUUCUAAUCUUCUCAUUUUAAAGAUAAGACGACUUGGCUGAGUGACAGGACAGACAAGUCACAUGAUCAUGGCAGGGUACUACGGCCAUAUACCAAGCUAUCCGAUGAAUUCCCACGCUAUGGGCAUCACCCCGCCUAAUAUCGACUUCUUCAAUCGCAUGGUCUCGCCUUCAUGCUCUCACCCUACGCGGAAACAGCGUCGAGAGCGAACAACCUUCACCAAAAAUCAACUGGAGGUCUUGGAAGAACUUUUCGCCAAGACUCGCUACCCCGACAUCUUCAUGAGAGAAGAAGUCGCCAUUAAAAUCAACCUUCCAGAGUCCAGAGUACAGGUCUGGUUCAAGAAUAGAAGAGCUAAAACGAGGCAACUCGAAAAAGCAGCAGAAAACAAGCAAAAACCCGAGCGAAAACCUUCCACCUCAACUAAUAGUACACCCACGACAUCAGCAGCUACUCCACCUACACCGCUGCCACCACACCCAGUAGCAAAAGACACGAGUUCCAAAUCUAGUCCAUCGCCUUACGAUCUUCCGAGCUGUAGCGGUAAUUUAUGGAAUCCUGUAACGAGUGCGAACUCCCCACUGCCGCCAGCGCCGAACUACGGUCCUCCUGUGCUUACGAACACAUCUGGGCCUGUAUUUAUGCCUCCUCCACCACAUACGCAAUCUUACAGGAGACAAUUUACAAAUCCGGACUGCUCGUACAGUAUCCCUUCACCGUACACCAUGAACCGGCAAAUGGCGAACCCGUACAACCCAACACACAUGUGAUCCAGACUCUUGGUGAGACACGUUCUGCUUUACAAGGGUUAUUGUGCGUGUAUGAGCCAGAAGAUCUGCACAAGGAUGAUCCAUAGUGAAGGUGUCUCUUGUUACAGUUAUAGUUUUUAUAACUAUAUGAUAGAAAGUAGUACCUUGAGCCCAAAUAGGUAGAAGUAGAUAUGAAGUGUGCAGCUCAAAGCACCAGAUUAUUGUUUUCAAAAGUGAUUCCCCAAGGGGUCUCGAUCAAGUUUUAACUUAUUCCAAGAAAUGCUUCGACAGCUAAGAUCUAAAAAUGGACUUAAGAAAUCCCAGGGCAUGUUGGGUAAAUCAAGAGACUGCUGGGAAAUAUCAGGGAAUGCUUGGUGUGCCCUGAGCAUGCUGGGAAAUAUCAGGGAAAGCUUGGUGUGCCAUGGGCCCCUGAGAAUGCUGGGAAAUAUCAGGGAAUGGUUGGUGUGCCCUGAACAUGCUGGGAAUUUCACAGAAGCACAGAAGGCCAUGAGGUUUAGUAGAAGAAGUCUAAACGCGCUUUUGUGAUUCAUGUUUUCUGCCAAGCUGCCACUCGUCGCAACCACCGCACGCACACUCUCACUGAGCCAAACCUUAUACACUACUCAGACACAUUUUAGAAUUGUUUAGGCAAAAGUGUAAAACAGUGAUUAAGGUGUGUUAUUUAAAUAACUAUGAUUAUUAAAAUCUGUCCUGAUCUACAAACAGGAUUAAGACAUUUCUUAACUUUAGUAACAGAAAUAUCCAUAGCCAUCUGAAAGACUUCUUUUUAAAGUAUCGGGUACUUUACCCCUUUAACGAGGAAGCCACAGCACGGAAUAUCCAAAAAAAGUUUAAGGUUUAGGGGUGAGUAAGUUAGAGCUCACUAUGGAAAUGUCGAUAGCGAGGAAUGCAGCAUAGCACAUCAGUGCUUACUCCAUCCGUGUAUUUAAGUGCAAUAUAGACACCAAAGCUAUUUGAAAUUAUGUAUUUUCCAUAUAGAAAUAAGAAUGAUGGAAUUGUGAUUAAUAUAUAUCAGUGUACAUAUGACUAUUCAAGAAAUGGGAAUAACAGUUUUUUAACUAUUUUAUUACAAAAACCUAUAGAUGUACCUCUAAAUGUAUGCAGAAUUAGUAAUUAAGAGAAAUUAGGGCGGCUGCUUAUUGCUAAAAAUAAACAAUGUUUUGCCAAUGA